AUGAAUGAAGAAAAAUCUGAGAUAUUAGAGUUUAAGCAGCCUAAAAGUAUUGAUGUUGAAGUGCAAACUGAGAAUGUAGAAGAGCAACUUAUUGGUAACAUAUAUCGUGGACGUGGAAGGGGGCAUUACAAAAGCGAAGGGCGAGGUGGGCGAGGAUUCAAGCGUCGAGAACGUGGAGUUUUAUUUGUAGAUAGCGGUCUUUGGAAUAAACGACGAAGACUUGGUCAGUCUGGCACUGUUGAUGAUUUUCCGUUUCUUCACGGUGGCAAUAGUAAAGAUCCAUUGAAUCUGAAAUCAGUGAAGCCUGUUGAUGAUGCAGAAAAUAUGAAACCAAUUGAUAUUAUCAUACCAAAAAAUAUGCAUGACCCACUAAAUCUAAGGAAUGUCAACAAAAAUCGGGCUAGGAGGCAACGAGAAAUUGAUGGCAAUGGCGAGAGCAUUUUCAGAAGCAUUGCUGGUGGUUCAAACGGGAAAAAGCAGGAAGAUCCAGUUGUGUCACCGAUAUCUUUGUCAGUUGUGCGAAAACAUGGUAGCAGUUCAACUAAACGAUAUCGGAAAUUGGAAAAAAAAGAACGAACAAUUUCGGAAACUAGUGAAAAACAACAAUUAGAAGCAGAAGCGGCAAUGGAUGAAGGUAGCUCAGAAACGAUUCAAACAUUCAAAUCAGAUGAUAAAAAAUUUGCAGAGGAGAAGGAAAAAGUUGAAAAAAAAGAGAAUCGUAUGAAGAGGUACCGAUAUGGUAAUUAUCUUCGAUAUUAUGGAAAUCGUAUUGAGAUGAAUAGCGGUCGUGAUCCACGCAUGGAUGUUUUGAAACAAGAAUGGUUCGAAAAAAAGUCGGUACUAGAUAUCGGCUGCAAUGUCGGUUACUUGACUCUUUUAAUUGCUAAAGAAUAUCAACCGAGAAAUAUCAUCGGCAUUGAUAUUGACGCUCAUUUAGUUGGUUUGGCUCGAAGGGAAAUUCGUCAUCAGUAUGAUAAAAAUGGGCCUAUGAUUAGGAAUUUUCCAACCUCGUUUGGUCGUCGUUAUGGGCCGAUUUCAGCUCCAGCUCCUUAUUUUUCUUCUAAAUUUCCUGACAACGUGUGGUUUCGAUGUGAAAAUUAUGUACUAGAUAAUGAUGAAAUGCUUGAUAUGGUUAAGGAAGAAUAUGAUGUGAUUAUGGCAUUAAGCAUCACAAAGUGGAUCCAUUUGAAUUGGGGAGAUGCUGGAAUCAGACGCUUUUUCCAGCGUGUUUAUCGACAUCUUCGUCCUGGCGGAUUAUUCAUUUUGGAGCCUCAGAAUUUUGAGACGUAUAAAAAACGAGCAAGAUUGACGGUAAGCAACAAGAAGCCGGAAUGUGGCGUUCAUGGAACUACUACGUCCAAGAAACGCGACUUUAUGUUGAGCAAUGAUUUUAGUUUGUCAGCAAAAGUAAUUUUGAGAUGUGUUUGUUUUCAGAAAGACAUUAAUGAGACAUAUAAAACAAUCAAAUUCAUGCCUACUGCAUUCCACAAAUAUUUGAUUGAUGAUAUUGGCUUUGAUUUCUAUUUAAAUAUUGAUCCUCCUAAAGCACGUUCGAAAGGUUAUCUAUUUGCUAGUCAUAAGUUUUUGAUAGUUUACAUAAAAUCUUCAUACUCAAAAAUAGGUCAAAAAUAUGCUGGUUUUGAACGACCAAUUCAGGUUUAUAAAAAACAGAAGCGUUCAUUUGCGCUAAAAAAAAAAGAGGUUACCGAUUAUACUCCGAAAUCUUUCACCUCUGAACACCAUGAUAUGGACGGAGAUACAACCCAGAAGCCUUCGGCCAGUAGUUGA